AUGGCGGGUAGUGACCCAGACACAGCCGGGUACUCUGGUUAUAGUGUUACGGGGGAAGCCUUUGCUGCAAAUAAUGCCAUUGUUGCCCUUCUUUAUGAACUGGAAAAGGCUUAUGGCACUAUCUGGAGAUACAGUAUUUUAGCCGAACUAAACUCUCUCGGUCUUGGUGGACAUCUGCCAAUCUUCCCUCAACACUUCCUCGUUAAAGUGAGGCUUGGGUCGCCUCACCAUCUCCUCACAACCACCCAAGGCCUCACAAGGGUCGCCUCACAACCACACAAGGUCUCACAAGGGUCGCCUCACAACCACCCAAGGCCUCACAAGGGUCGCCUCACAACCACACAAGGCCUCACAAGGGUCGCCUCACAACCACACAAGGCCUCACAAGGGUCGCCUCACAACCACACAGGGCCUCACAAGGGUCGCCUCACAACCAGCCAAGGCCUCACAAGGGUCGCCUCACAACCAGCCAAGGCCUCACAAGGGUCGCCUCACAACCAGCCAAGGCCUCACAAGGGUCGCCUCACAACCACCCAAGGCCCCACAAGGGUCGCCUCACAACCAGCCAAGGCCUCACAAGGGUCGCCUCACAACCAGCCAAGGCCUCACAAGGGUCGCUUCACAACCACCCAAGGCCUCGCAAGGGUCGCCUCACAACCAGCCAAGGCCUCACAAGGGUCGCCUCACAACCAGCCAAGGCCUCACAAGGGUCGCCUCACCAUCUCCUCACAACCAACUCUCUACCUCACAAGGGUAUCAUCACCAUCUCCUCACAACCACCCAAGGCCUCACAAGGGUGGCCUCACAACCAGCCAAGGCCUCACAAGGGUGGCCUCACAACCAGCCAAGGCCCCACAAGGGUCGCCUCACAACCAGCCAAGGCCUCACAAGGGUCGCCUCACAACCACCCAAGGCCUCACAAGGGUCGCCUCACAACCACACAAGGCCUCACAAGGGUCGCCUCACAACCACCCAAGGCCUCACAAGGGUCGCCUCACAACCACACAAGGCCUCACAAGGGUCGCCUCACAACCAGCCAAGGCCUCACAAGGGUCGCCUCACAACCAGCCAAGGCCUCACAAGGGUCGCCUCACAACCACCCAAGGCCUCACAAGGGUCGCCUCACAACCAGCCAAGGCCUCACAAGGGUCGCCUCACAACCAGCCAAGGCCUCACAAGGGUCGCCUCACCAUCUCCUCACAACCAACUCUCUACCUCACAAGGGUAUCAUCACCAUCUCCUCACAACCACCCAAGGCCUCACAAGGGUGGCCUCACAACCAGCCAAGGCCUCACAAGGGUGGCCUCACAACCAGCGAAGGCCCCACAAGGGUCGCCUCACAACCAGCCAAGGCCUCACAAGGGUCGCCUCACAACCACCCAAGGCCUCACAAGGGUCGCCUCACAACCACACAAGGCCUCACAAGGGUCGCCUCACAACCACCCAAGGCCUCACAAGGGUCGCCUCACAACCACCCAAGGCCUCACAAGGGUCGCCUCACAACCACCCAAGGCCUCACAAGGGUCGCCUCACAACCACCCAAGGCCUCACAAGGGUCGCCUCACAACCAGCCAAGGCCUCACAAGGGUCGCCUCACAACCAGCCAAGGCCUCACAAGGGUCGCCUCACAACCAGCCAAGGCCUCACAAGGGUCGCCUCACCAUCUCUGGUAGUGAGGGCUCAG